UGCAGUCAGUGUUGUUUGAGCUGUGAGCGCGUGAGGUUCAGACCCUGGCACCAUGCCGGAGCUACCGUCCAGAGCUCCGGAGAUGUCCCGGAAAAGAGGCGCUGAGCCCGGACCGCUGCCGGAGCACCUCCCGGAGAGGAAGAAGGCUUGCUGGGGCAUUCUGACCAGCCAAGGGUCGUGGGCAGAUCGCUCCCCUCUCCAUGAAGCAGCAUCUCAGGGUCGACUGCUCGCCCUGCGCACUCUGCUGGCCCAGGGAUAUCACGCCAACAUUGUCACCAUCGAUCAUGUGACCCCUCUCCACGAAGCCUGCCUGUCAGGACAUGUGGCCUGUGUCAGAGCGCUAAUAAACGCCGGAGCUAAUGUAAAUGCUGCCACCAUCGACGGUGUCACUCCUCUGUAUAACUGUUGCGCCUCCGGGAGUGUCGGUUGUCUGGAGCUGCUGCUGCAGAAUGGAGCACACACACACACGACACACACACACUUCCCCUCGGCUCUGCACGAAGCCUGCAAGAGAGGUAAUAGCCAGUGUGUGGAGUCCCUGCUGGCCCAUGGAGUGGAUCCAGACUAUGAAGUGUCCCACCUGGGCUCUCCUCUCUACAUGAGCUGUCUACACCGACACACAGCCUGCUCCAAGAUUCUGCUGCACAGAGGAGCGAAUGUUAACGUUGGCAGGGAAGGUGACAGUCCACUGCACGCUGCCGUCAGACAGGGCAGUGCUGAUCAGGUGUCUGUGUUACUGGACUACGGAGCCGAUGUCAACAUCCGAGACAGUAACGACCAGCGGCCUGUGGAGUUGGCGCCUGCUGGCGGAAAAACACACCAACUGCUGCAGACAUUUGAAGUUUCUCCGAGGAGUCUCAGCCAGUUGUGUCGUCUCCGGAUCCGGAAUCUGAUUGGUCGAUCCAGACUGACGAUGCUCCCUCUCCUUCCUCUUCCGUCCCUGCUCACUCACUAUCUGGAGUACACAUAAGAUAAUGAUGCACACAUGCAGCAUGACGGGGAAAAGCAGCUACAACUCAGAUGCCAUUUCUUUUAACGUUUUAAAUUUGUAUGUGCCAAGCCCCAAAAUAAUCACAUUGAAAGUAAACAUAUCACAAUUUUUUAAAAAGUAGCCUAUGGUUGAGUUAAGAUACACCGAAGAUGCUGCACGCUGUAGUUUACCACAUGGUGCAUUACCCUCAUCGCCAUAAUUGACUAAAUCACUGUUAAUUUUAAAAGAUUAUUCAGUAGGAUUUUAAUUUUCCCUCUGACGGAUGAUUGAAGACUGAUAAUGAAAACUGAUCCAGACUGUGAAGAAUUAUGUCAGUAACGCACAAUAUUUCAUUUUGUAAAUAGUGGAAUUUAUUUUCCACUUCAGGUGUCUGUAUGUAUGUAAAUACCAAUAAAUGAUCCACAACA